GUGAAGACCCGCCAAUUUCGUGUCGCUGAGGUCCAUGACUUCUCGAAUUUGUUGACCUAGUAUUCGCUCACGUACUUUGGUGGAUUCAUUCGGGAGCGCGCCUGCCAGUCGACGUAUUUGCCAAGAGGCUCCCUUUGCCAGCAGUGUUGAGCUAUCUAUCACAUUGUCGCACGACUGCUUGGUGCAAGCUUAGCCUUUAGCAGAGAUCUUUACAGCAAUCCCCCAACAUGCCUAUGGCCUCGGGUUCAGCGCCUACUACCCAGCCACUUGGAGGGAAUCGUACUUCUCUGAUAUCUCGUAUAACAGACGAUGCCCUCGUGGAGAUAUUUCGUUAUCAUAAACCCGAAAAUCACGCUUCAAUCAACCAUCCUUUCGACACCUGGCUCAACAUCAUUCACGUCUGUCGCCGUUGGCGUAUGGUCGCGAUAGGAUAUGCAUCCUGGUGGACGAAUAUCAUCACGUCCGACCCAGAUCUCGCCGCAUUCAUGUUGGGAAACUCCAGAAACGCGCCAUUGGUAUUUGAUCUCGACAUGACCUCCGAGAGACGCGCCACCAGCUAUGCACGCCGCCUGGUCAAAGCCAACCUGCCGCGUAUCAGGUUUCUCAGAAUCAGUUUCCUUCGCAGUAGUGAGGCGUCCAGGAUCCUUCAAACACUCAACCAUACGAAAUACCCUAUGCUCGUCGAGAUUUUCCUUCGACAUUCCGAUACUCGCCCUCGUAACGCCACUUCGCUUCCGGCAGAUGUACUUCCGCUGGAGCUAUCAGGGAUUCUACGUCUCGACAACUGUUGGUUCUCUCCCUCGGUGGGCGCGGUUUGUCACAGGCUCACCUCCCUGACCGUAAAGGCGUUGGUUCGAGAGACUAUCUCGACCAUUUCUAAUACUCCAGCACUCGUCAAUCUCUCCGUCCUGACCCCACACGACUAUUCGCUUCAUCGCCUUCCCUUUCAUCCACGAACCGAGGAUGACAUUGUCCGUCUCUCCCAUCUUCGUCAAUUCGAGUUUUCCGGACCCAUCGUGGACUAUCUACAACUCGUGGAGUGGGUUCACAUCCCCUUGGAAUCCUCCCUCAGUAUCGCUACCACCGUUGACUCUCGCCGCCCCGGUCUCACUGGUGAACAGCCUAUGGCGAGGUUGCUCGAACAUAUCCGGGAUCGAUUUAGCCGUCGUGAAGAGGUCUCCGAAGGCAUUCGUAGACUUCACGUCGACGUUCACAUGGACGACACGCACGGCUCCACAGAUUCAACCGCUAUACAUGCCUUCACUGAUCGCACGGAAGCCCUCCUCCCUGCAAACGGCAUCCCCCAAACUCUGCUAGACCCGACGUCGCGUAUUCGAUCUGACUUCACCUUCAAGUACAUCGAUGAGGACGGUACGAGUAACGUAAGCGAGGUCGCCAGACACGUUUGUCGCCAUCUACCACUGGAAUCCGUAGCUAUACUCUGUAUCGGCGCUGGCAAUGACCACUAUAUCGGUCCUGCAUGGUGGCCCUCAUGCUUUGAGGCUGUACAGGAGAUCAAGCAUCUUGCCGUCCGCGGAGACCGUCUGGUCUGCUUUCUCGUACAAUUCCUAAAUCCCGACUUCCUAUCCGAUUACCCAGGCCCAUACACCCACUUGGAUGGCGACCUGGAUGACGAUCUUUCAUUCAUUGACGAUGAUGAACUGUUGAACUGGGUCGCCCCGCUUCAAAACCUACACACCUUGAGUGUGGAGUCCGCCGGACAAUUAGACAACCGCCACGGUGACUAUCCUAUGAAUGAAAUUCUUGAAAGUCUACAGUCUAGAGAUGCUGCUCGACUUCCGCGACUGCAUUUACUUUCGAUUAGCGAAUGUGAUGUGUCUGCGGAGACCGUUGAGAAAUUGGAAGGUUUGGUGGAUAAACUCGUAUGGGAUGGGAAGGAGGAUGGAUGGACCGAUGUUUACGGCGACUAGGAAAUUAGGUAGUAGUAGGACAAC